UUCCUUGCUCUUGAAUUGCUGGUGUGAGAGGUUCUGUGAAUUUUUACCUUUUCUGUAUGGAGAGAAAGUUAUGAUAUAGUACAUAGAGCAUGAUACUUAGAGCCAAGAACUGCUGGAUUUAAGUCCCACCUCUAACAUAAGGUCUCUGAGGCAUAGGUCAGAUCACUUUACCUCUCUCAAUGCUUUAGGCAAAUUUUUAAAAUUAUAAAUUGCAGAGAAGGGGUCACCCUGUGUUGUUGGAGUUUCCUUCAUCCAGCAGAUCCCUAUCCUGUUGGUUCUUAGCCUUAGGUACUACCAGUAGAAGGGAUCUGGGACAUCCAACUAGAAUCUAUUUAGACUCUGGUCUCAGAAGACUGCAGACUUCAUCAUAAUGGAUCCAUGAUGAUUACAUUGAAGGAAGGGGACACUGGCUUCAAAAGGUCAAUGAUGAAAAGAAGGCUAGGUGAAGAAGAAGUUGCUGUGAUGGAUAAUGGAAUUCAUUCUGAUUGUCUUAUGAUAGAGAGUCUUUGAUGUCUGAGAUGGCACACCUAUAGUGGGGAGGAAGAGUUGAAGAAAGGUGAAAACUAUUUCUUGAAAGACCCAAAGUCUUCUAUUUCUUUAUAUAUUUCCCUGUCCCCCCACAUAGUAAUGGAUGAUACCAGAUAUAUUGUUAAUGCAGAACAAAUAAAUGCCUUUGCAUCCCCCUCAUAAUAGCAUUGGCCUUUGGGAUUUACGCAGCCUUCCUAUCUUAAUUAUAUGCCUGUGCUCAGCAAAGCCAUGGAAUGGUGGUGGCUAGGGCUGCUGGCUACAUUUGUGGUCCAGGCUGAAAGGGAGCUACUCAACACUUGCAUGGAAGGCAAGCACCAUAAGAAGAAGCCAGGUCCUGAAAAUGAACUCCAUGAACAGUGUAGCCCCUGGAAGGAUAAUGCCUGCUGUACUCACAACACAAGCUGGGACACUCACUUGGAUGUGUCUCUUCUGUACAACUUCAACUUUGGGCAUUGUGGUGUGAUGACUCCUAGCUGUAGAAGGCACUUUAUCCAAGUGGCCUGCCUUUAUGAGUGUUCCCCAAACCUGGGGCCAUGGAUCCAGAAGGUGAGUUCAAGGCUGGGGAAGGAAAGUGUCCUGAAUGUGCCGCUGUGCUGGGAAGACUGUACAGAGUGGUGGGAAGACUGCCGAAAUUCUUAUACCUGCACGUCAGACUGGUACAGUGGCUGGGACUGGAGUACAGGUCAGAGCCACUGCCCUUCCCUGUCCAGCUGUCGCCCUUUCCCUCACUACUUCCCAUCUCCAGCUGACCUCUGUGAGAAGAUCUGGAGAAACUCUUACAAGGCAACCAAGGAGCACCGGGGCAAGGGGCACUGCAUUCAGAUGUGGUUUGACCCUGCCCAAGGCAACCCCAAUGUGGCAGUGGCCCACUUCUAUGCAAGUCGUGCCAUUUCCCUGCAGCUCCCACACAUCAUGUUCUUAGUCUCCCUCCUACCAUUUGCUCUCUAAGAGGACUAAACACUUGGACACAAAUUCUUCCCAGCAGCCAACUGGUCUCUCUUCAUGGCUUCUGGACAAGAGGAUCCAGAACUUUCUACCUUCUGGGGUUCCUGAAGCUGGAAAGAGAAUGAUGUUCUGCCUCCUUUUUAUGUGCGUAUGUCUAUGGGGAGAUCAGUUUUAGAAGCAACUCCUUCAGCAUUCCACUUUCUCUGACCCCCUUCUGGCUUUCCGGCUACCUAUCAUUGUGCUCCCUGGAGAGAGGCACAGAUUAGGUGGCUGGGUUUGGCACUUGCCCUCCUGAAAGCCCUCAGAGGAAGGAACACAAGACCUGGGCUCUGACUACUUUUUGUUGUGGUUGUUGUUCCACAGCAUAUUUCUGAAGCCAGCCAGCCCUGAAUUUCCUCAUUCUGGCCCCCUCAAUAAAAAGAUAAUUUAUUUGUUCUGA